AUGCUUAGCGUAAGUCAGCUGAUGAUGCUCUUGAAACGUUUGGUUUUGGGGUUUGUGUUGAUAUCUUGUUUAGAGGAUGAAUGGUGGGAAGGGAUGGUCUUUGAUCAUAAAAAGGAUGCAAAUGAGCGGUUUGUGUUUUUUCCCGAUGAGGGUGAUGAGCGCGUAAUUACCAUUACUGGCAUGCGCAUAACUAGAGACGGGAAUGAGGUUUUGGGUUUGUCGUGGGACCGUGGUGUUUGGGUCUUGAUGCACUUGGCCAAAGAGCUUAAACAAGAUGUUCCCUUGCCAAAGUUGGUAAAAAAAGUUUACUCGAGCCAGCAGGAUAUAGCAAAGAAAGGAAUCAAUUCACAGAUUCUAUUAUACAUAUUUGAGAAUCAAUUCACAGAUGGUAGAAAUUAA